AUGGCGCUGCAGUCGGCCAAGCGCGACCUGCGCAAGACGAUGCGCGAGGCCCUUCGACAAUUACCGGCCACAUCCAUCACUCAACAAUGUUCGUUUUCUUUUCUUUUCUUUUCUCUUCUGAUGUUUGGGGGUUUAGGUCUGACCAUCACAGCCCGAGUCGCUACCGAUCAAUUGCUAUCACAGGCCGAGUAUCAGAAUGCGAAGAGCAUCGCUGUGUACUUGUCGAUGCCAGUGGGGGAGUUGUCGACGACGGGGAUUGUGCGAGAUGCAUUGCAGCGUGGAAAACGAGUCUACAUCCCAUACAUCCACACCCACAACAAAACCUCGGUCAUGGACAUGUUGGCGCUGGAAUCGAUGACGGAGUUUGAAUCGCUACAGCCCGAUAAAUGGGGCAUCCCGUCUCUUCAAUCUACGCAGGCCGAUGGUCGUCCGGACUGUUUUACCACCGGCCUCGAUCUCGUCGUGAUGCCGGGCAUGGCAUUCGACCGUGAUUUUCGACGGCUUGGCCAUGGCAAAGGAUAUUAUGAUCAUUUUCUCACGCGAUAUUCUAAAUGGAGCAACAAAAUGCCAUUCCUGGUUGCCCUUGCCCUCCAGGACCAAUUGGUCGCCGAGGGAAUUCCCGUGGUGGAACAUGACUGGCUGGUGGAUGCGAUCGUGGUGGGCGAUGGCGAGUAUCUCAAACGUAGAUAG